GACUGUAUCACCGCGUCAGUACAAAAGCGCAGCGGCACCGAGUUAGUUGCCAGUUCGGCCGAUACGUCUCUCGCGCGCGUCCGUCGACAACAAUUAUCCACGGGAUUUACCGUUCGGUUAAGGGAUUCGAUUGGGCUGUUCGAAAUGAACACCAUGUUCGCUGCCGCGGCACUGUUGACGUGCGCCGCCCUGUUGGCGGUGGCCGCCGGGAACUUGCAGACCAUCAACGAGUGGAACUUGCUCCAGUACGACGUGCCGUUCAACUACCCCAACGCCGACUCGUAUAAGCCCGAAGUCACCGUGUCCACCGGAAUCGAAGUCGGUUGGGACAGAAUUUUCAUUACGACUCCGAGAUUGUUCAGUGGAAACCCAGCAACUCUAGCAUGGAUACCACGUAGCCGUGCUGGUAUAACUUACGAAACGCAUAAAUCACCACUGUUGCAGGCUUAUCCCAGCUGGGACUGGCACAGUGAAGCGUCCAGCAGAGAUAUUUUGACAUCGCCAAGACCCAACUGUUCCAGUUUGAUAUCCGUGUUCAGAGUCCGAGCGGACAGGUGCAAUAGGCUUUGGGUUCUAGACAGUGGUGUUAUGGACAGUAUUGAAACUUUCAAGACGGUUUGCCCGCCCAAACUGAUGGUGUUCGAUAUGAGAACCGAUCGAGUGUUAAGAAGCGUGACCCUUCCGUCAGAAAUCUUGAGGCCCAACACACUUUUGACCAACUUGGUUAUCGACGAUCAAACUGACGUUUCUCAUCUACAAGACGGUUACCUCGGAGACUGUGAUAACGUUUUCGUGUACAUAACCGACAGCACCAACCCCGGAAUCCUGGUUUAUGAUGCUCGACGAGACACGGCAUGGAGACUUUCCCAUCCUUUCAUGUUCCCCGACCCGGACUUUGGAAUAUUUUCGGUGGCCGGCGAAUCAUUCACCCUGAUGGACGGCGUCAUCGGUCUAGCCCUAUCACCAAUCGGCUCAGCUGGACGUCGCUUGUACUUCCAGCCGUUCGCCUCUGACCGACUCUUCUCCGUGCCCACGUCCGCUCUUAAGGCUGGUCCCAACUUGGGAGAUGACGCAGACUUGCCCGUAUCGUUGGUCGGUCACAAAUCUUCGCAAGCCGCUCCCCUGGCCGUCGAUCCCAAGGAUGGUGCGCUCAUAUUCAGUCCCGUGUCCGAAACAGCCCUGGCCAGCUGGAUUCCAGGAUCCGUAGAACACGGCGUGCUGGCGUAUAGCCCGGAGGAACUGCAAUUCGUGUUGGACAUCAGAUCGGCCGAUCGCGACCAGGGUGCCAUUUGGUUGGUAUCGUCGAGACUCCAGAGAUACUUCAAAAAGACGUUGGACAAGAGGGAAGUGAAUAUCAGGAUCAUGAGGGUGCAGAGGACGCCGGAAUACUUCCCGUACGCGUUCAACAACAACAACUCGCUGCUGUUGUUCAAAUGAUCGCGAGCAACACGGAUGGUUAACGAUAAUUUAUUGCUAAAAAAUUUGUACCUAUAUAAAUACAUGCACUUGUAUAUAUCUAAUAUUAGACGCCAUUCAGAUAAUAAUAAGUAAUUCCCGUUGGUAUAGCACGCAGAUACCUUGUACACGAUAAUUUUUAACGUUGCCAUUUUAUUUAGGACUACGUAAUGGACGUAAUCUACGUAUCUUGCAAAGUAGAUCGGUACGUUUGUGUAAAUACUAUUGUUAAUAUAACGAUUGUAAUGAUAAUAAUA